AUGUUUUUGAAAUGGUUACUUCUCACUGGGGUUCUCAUUUCGCCAUGUUUUGGAGGCAAUUUGGGAGAGGUUUGGCUUAUUUUUUUGUGGGAAACUUCAAUCAAUCGGAAAUGUUAUUUUGCUCAUAAAGAGUUAGAGAGGUCAAUCAAUACCUUCAACACUUCUUACAAGUAGGGGGAUGGAUUGAUCUUUGCAAAAUUAAUGAGGAAUCGAGGGAGUAAGGUCUGGCUAAGCUUUUAAAAAAAUGAAUUCAAGUUUCUAUCAAACUUAGCUUAUAUUGAAAUAAAAUGCUCGAAUAUAUUCAAGACAAUACACGAGUGGUGGCAUGGGGGCAGCAAAACCACGACAAAUCGACCUCCUGUAGCCACGACUACCACGGCAACUACAACUGCAUCGAUAACAGAAACUCUAGCGCCAGUCGAUAUUAAAUAUCCGAUUUCACAAGAGACGAGGGUGAAAUUGAGACAGGUUAGAGUUCAUUUAUCAUUUAGGGGUUUUACGUUUUUAUUGGCUUUUUUGAACUUUUAACAGUAAGACUUCCAGGUAUAGUUUAGUUUCCUUUUUCAUAUUCCAGAGCCAUUUGGACUCUGUUGAAAAAUUUCCAAGAACAACUCCGUUUAUUAUCCAUUUUCAAAUUUAAUGACACUUGUUUAGGCGAUGCGUGGCGUCACGCCGGAACAGCGCAAAAAACGGCUCAGUUCUCUCGGUAAAAAAGUGAAAAUCCCAAGACUUAACAAAACGAGAUCGCAGGCCGUUCAAAGUGUUGGUUUUAUUGACUUUUUCCAAAGUUCUGGUCUACCUACUCUUUUUCUCGAUCGUAGAGAUAAAAAAAUAUUUUUUUCUUUUUUUGAUUUUUGGGAUAAUUAAUAUUAAAUCCGGCUAGAAAAAGAGUUUUUUUGAAGAGUGAAAAAGCAGUAAAAAAAUAUUCAAAAACAUUAGCCUCGACAAAAAAUUCCUUCAGACUAUUCCAAAAGUCAAUCUGACACCGGUGAUCGAACCAGACCUUUUCGAAGUGAACAGACGGGCUGGCCUUCAUGAAUACCUUUUCCAAGGCGAUAUGAACCUUGAAGAGUAGGUUUUUUUUGAAGAUAUGAGACAUCAAGUUGAUUUCCAGAUCUCAACUCGACAGUUUUGAAGAAUCACUUGGGAAUGAUCCGUCGGGAAGAAAGAAACGUCAGAUUUUAAACGAGGCGAACCUUUGGACGGAUAAUACUGUCUACUUUUAUUUUGACACGGACGUCAGUACGUCUUUGAAAGGAAUUUUCAGGUUGUAAGUUCAAAAAGUUGAGGUUCGCGAGUCCAAACGUCGGUGGCUGCGGCCCACAAGUACAUCUCUGACAGGACCUGUGUCAAGUUCGUUCAGGACGCGACUCAGGCCAACCGGGUCAAGGUGAAGGAAAAUUAUUCAAAAGCUGACAGCCUCUUGAAUUUUUUGGAACACUUUCUCUGGAAUUCCGAGAGAUGGAAGUGUGUAAAAAUUUCCUUUGUUGUCAAAAAAAAAAACUUUUCUGAAAAGCAAAACUAAUUUCAGAAAUAUUAAGGUAAUAAACGGCGCUGGGUGCUUAUCCAGUGUUGGAAUGGUCGGCGGCGAGCAAACUUUGUCUCUCGGGGCAGGCUGUGAACAGGUAAGAGUCACAUGGAAAUCGAUAAAUACAUUAGAAACUGGUUCUGAGUUUUUUUUUUGUUUUGAUCUUGCAUAUUUAUCCGGAUUGAUCUCAAUCUUAGGUCUAGAGCUGUAAAAAUGAUUUUUUUAAUCCAAGUCUCUCUUCUGACUGAAAAGGACCGAUUUUCUUUAAACGUUCUUUGAUGGCUUUUAUCUUACCUCAAACUACGAUUAGCUCACGAAUUCCAGGUAGGAAUCGCAGCCCACGAAUUUUCUCAUACUCUGGGCGCUUUCCACGCCCAAAUGCGAUACGAUCGCGAUUCCUACGUUACUGUUGACCUGACUGACGUCCAACCUGGAACUGAGGUUCAGAAAUUUCGAAAUAAAGACUUUGAUACUCAACUUUGAAGUCUAACUUUGUCAAAUACGAUUCGUCAACCUCGACAAACGUUGUUCCCUAUGAACUAGCCAGCUUCAUGCAUUAUCCGGCAAUGUCGUGAGUUUAAGCUGAAAGUUCAUUAUUUUUCAAAACUGGCUUCUUUGCUAAACUCCUAGAGAAAAUUUCGUAUAUUGUUAACUAUAGUUGAAAUUUAUUUUUUGUAUUGAAAACCACUAAAUUUCUCUUUUUUCGAAAUUGCACGUGUAACAGAGAAAAUUAUUUUUGAACUGAGUAUCCUGACAGCUUUUUUGUCAGGCCUUUUUCAAGCUUCUAGAGUUUUUUUUUGAAAUAAUAAGCUCCUUUAGGCUAACUUUCUUUUCCUUGAAGUUUCAAAAGUUUAGAAAUUUCAUGAGGGGUUUUUUUAUACAAUUUCUUGGCCAUUUAAUUUUUUUUUCCCGUGUUCUUCAGGCUCUUUGGAACUUUUUGACAUAUACUCUAGGAUCGUGAGAAUUUCACAGUCUUUUCUGAGGCUUUUUGACAGGCUUUUAUGAGCUGGAAAGAGAUUUUAAAUAUUUUCUCCAUUUCUAAAAAUUCUAGAGAGUUUCAGGGGAUUUCAUUCAUUUUAAAAUUGACGGUAGCAUUAUAAACUGGGUCAAACGGAGUUCAUCAACUUAUUUUUCAAUAAACGAUCUCGUGUCUGAUUUUUGAAGCGUCAAGCUGUAAUUUUAUAUAAAUUCUCAACCAGAACUAGAUGAAAGUGAAUAGUACUAUUAAUUUAGAGAUAAUUUCAAUUUUUUUGGACCAUUCUAGGUUUGUCUCAUCCGGUGGAAAGCCCUCAAUAGUCCCUCUUGACGGAUCGAUGAUCUACACGAUGGGAAAUCGGGCAAUCACUUUCUACGACAUGCAAAUGGUCAACACCCAUUACUCUUGCAAAUGUUAUUUUCAUUCGAAGUUUUCUAAUUUUUUGCGACAAUUUCAAGGUCCGGAAAAUGGUCUAAUCUGUGCAAAUGGCGGCUAUCCGAAUCCAAAUGAUUGCUCAAAAUGCAAUUGUCCGAUCGGCUACGGUGGAGAUCUGUGCAAUGAAAGGGUAAAUGGCUUUGAGUUUGGGGGAAAUGCGCCCUAUGGCUUAAAAUAUCAAAAUUAGUUUUGGAGCACAUCUCACCGGUCCUUCCAAUUAAACACGAUUUUUUUUCUCCAGCCCAAGACUGGAACUUGUGGAGCCACAUUAAUGGCGACUGCCAAUUGGCAGGAAGUUUCCUACAAAUACGGGGAUGAUUCGAAUUCUGGUGCUGCCAGAGACGAUUUCGACCUUUGUAUUCAUUGGAUUCAGGUGCUUUUCAGGGAUCUCUUCCAAUAACUUCUCCAUUGUAGGCUCCUUUCGGAAAGCAAAUUCAGUUCCAAAUCAUGUCCAGUUAUAAUCCUCAGUGCACCUACGGCUGCUUGUUCAAUGGAAUCGAGCCGAAAAUCAAUGCGGAUCAGAAGAUGACCAAUACGAAGUAUUCUUAGCCUUUUUUUUCGACAAAUUCGAAAAUUGCUAAAUGCGAUGGCGCGAAGCGAUUCUUCAGGGCAAUUACUCUCGAAGCGCGCCCGACAGCAAACUACUUGCGCUCUUCAGAAUGUUUUAUUCAGCAAAUAAAUAAGCUCAUGAUCGGGUACAACUAUAAAUUUUAAAAAAUCAGAGUUUUUUUAACCGCCCAGACUUACUUUUUCAACCAUUCUGUUCGGCUGCCUCCACUAUUAAAAUGACGAUUUUGAGUUUUAUUUAGUCUUUUUCAGCUUUUUCGGUCCUUUUUUUCCAAAUCAAAAAUCGGAGAUGUUAAAGGUACUGCUGCGACGAGUUCAACAACAAAGUUCUGUCCUCUGAAGUGAAUCCGAUGCCCGUAGUUGCCUAUAAUCGAUACUAUUACACCACUUACACUUGGCAGUACAGAUAUGGUUGGUUAAAAAGUCGAAUAAGUAGAUUGAAGGCUUUAUUUUAAAAAAACGUUCUGAAAUCUUAUACUUUUCAGGAGAUUAUUUAAUAAUUCAAAAGUUCAAUACGUUGAUUUUUGUCGCUAUUUUUCUUGAGUAAGAAAAAAAUCGUGACUUUUCUAGUUGACGCCGCUAACCCACCGACGAUGCCUCCUUCAGCCAUCGGCGACACUGUCCCAAAAUGCUUCAAUUUAGUGUCUGAGUAUGUAAAAAAGAGAUUUAUUUCACACACAAUAUAUGAAAUUACUCCAGUUUCACCUGUGAUUCUUACAAAGGAUCUGCCUGUUACGACGGUAGGGUCACCGACGCCAACAAAGUCCAAUGCGCAACGACUUUCGACAUUUGUGACAAGAAUUGGAUGGUCCGAAAGCCUUGCUUUGAUUAUUAUUCCAGGUGAGUUUGAGAUUCCUUAGGCUGCAAAGGAUGUCUCGGAGCUUCGCGGUCGUAGAGCGGUUUGCUUAAACUGUGGCGUCUUUUAGUUUUUUAUGAAAAUCGCUCAAGGUCGGGCGCAAAUAGAAAAAGAGUACUAUAAUGAAAACUUCAUAUAACCCUUCAAAACGCAGCGCUGCCGCGACGCUUUGAGCCAUUCUACGUGCGACCGCGACUUGGAACAGUCUUACUUUUUCGCGCUCUCUUUUCCCUCACCGGCUUUUUCAUUAAAAUAGAGAAAAUGUUUGUUUCAAAAACGGAGACGCAGAGAAAUCAGACUGUUUCAAUCCGUCAAAUAGGUUUUUUUUUUUCAGCUGUUUACAAUAUUCGAUACAAGGACGUUGCAAAUCGGACCUUCCACUGGUCUCAGAAUACAACUGUCCAGUCACUUGUGGUUAUUGUACUAAGCCCAACAAAUAA